UGACGGGAGCCAUGGCCCAGCAGUGGGGGGCCCACAGGCUCACAGCCAGGCAGCUACAUGAGGCCCAUGAGGACAGCACCCGGGCCAGCAUCUUUGUUUACACCAACAGCAACGCCACCCGAGACCCCUUUGAAGGCCCCAAUUACCACAUCACCCCAUGGUGGAUAUACCACCUCACCACUGCCUGGAUGCUGUUCGUGGUGGUGGCCUCUGUCUUCACCAAUGGGCUCGUGCUGGUGGCCACCAUGAGGUUCAAGAAGCUGCGCCACCCUUUAAACUGGAUCCUGGUGAACUUGGCUGUGGCCGACAUGGCAGAGACUGUCAUUGCCAGCACCAUCAGUGUGGUGAAUCAGUUCUACGGCUACUUCAUCCUUGGCCACCCUUUGUGUGUCAUCGAGGGCUACACCGUCUCCCUCUGUGGGAUCACAGGGCUCUGGUCCCUGGCCAUCAUCUCCUGGGAACGGUGGCUGGUGGUCUGCAAGCCUUUUGGCAACGUGAGAUUUGACGCCAAACUGGCCAUCGCAGGCAUUGCCUUCUCCUGGAUCUGGGCUGCCAGCUGGACAGCACCUCCCAUCUUCGGGUGGAGCAGGUACUGGCCCCAUGGCCUGAUGACUUCGUGCGGGCCUGAUGUGUUCAGUGGCAGCGCGUAUCCCGGGGUGCGCUCCUACAUGAUUGUCCUGAUGACCACGUGCUGCAUCAUUCCCCUCAGCAUCAUUGUGCUCUGCUAUCUCCACGUGUGGCUGGCAAUCCGAGCGGUGGCAAAGCAGCAAAAGGAGUCAGAAUCCACCCAGAAGGCGGAGAAGGAGGUGACACGCAUGGUCAUGGUGAUGAUCCUUGCCUACUGCCUCUGCUGGGGGCCCUACACCUUCUUCGCAUGCUUUGCUGCUGCCUACCCUGGUUACGCCUUCCACCCUCUGGUGGCAGCAAUGCCAUCCUACUUUGCCAAAAGUGCCACUAUCUACAACCCCAUCAUCUAUGUCUUUAUGAACCGUCAGUUUCGGAACUGCAUCUUGCAGCUUUUUGGGAAGAAGGUAGAAGAUAGUUCUGAACUCUCCAGUGUCUCCAGAACGGAGGCCUCAUCUGCUUCUUCAGUGUCACCUGCAUGA